GGAAGAUCAUGACUCCCGAAUUAGAUUUGGAUGAUUUUCCAACACUUAAAUUAAAACAUGUCCAUAUUAAAGACAAAAAACGUUUAUUGAGGACAAUAAACACAAUUUUGAAAGGUCAAUGUAAUUCUUUACAGAUUGUUACUGAUUUUGAUUUGACGCUAACAAAACAACAUGUUAAUGGAAAAAAGGCUCUCAGUAGUUUUGGGAUCUUUAGCAAGUGCAAGCAACUUCCACAAACAUACACAAUGGAAUCAGGGCGUCUUUAUAAAAAAUAUAGGCCCAUUGAAAUAGAUCCUAAUUUAUCAAUUGAUGUAAAGGCAAAGGCAAUGACAGAUUGGAUGAUUGCAGCAGAAGAAAUAUUAAAAGGAAUACCUUUUGAUUCUAGUGAAAUACCGGAAGUGAUUAAUAUUUAUGAAACAAAUUUAAGAGAUGGUACAAAAGAAUUUUUCAAGAAGUUACAACAGUUUCAAGUUCCAGUGCUGGUUUUUAGUGCUGGUUUAGGAGAUGUAGUUGAAGCUAUCUUAAAAAAUGAAGGAGUUCUAUUUGAUAAUGUAAAGAUAAUCUCCAAUUUUCUGAAAUACAAAGAUGGACAACUAACAGGCUUUCAAAAUAAAAGAUUAAUUCAUGUUUUCAAUAAAAAUGAACAUGCUAUAGAACAAGACUAUUUUAAAGUUCUUGAACAAAGAAAAAAUGUACUUUUAAUGGGUGAUUCCAUAGGAGAUGCAUCCAUGGUAGAUGGCAUGGAGGAUACAUCUGCAAUAUUAAAAAUUGGUUUCCUUUAUGACAAUGCGUAA